AACUGAAGGUCCGUAGUUCGAUCCUGCGUGAGGGCACCUUUUUACCGUUUUUCCUAGUUUUGUUAUUCCUUUGGGCUUCUUUAGGCUCAGAUAAUAAAUAAACGGCCCAAAAUAGCUUGCUGUCCUCCGUUUCACGUAUUCAAAGACAAACACCUUGCCGUUUUUAUAACUUCUCAACAUAUUCGCUAUCUUUCAGUCGCCUUCUUCUUCCUGCUUUCUCUCGAAACCCUUACCUAAAACCCUAAUCCGCCACUACCAAACAAGUUCGUCUCUUAGCCUCUCUCUCUCUCUCUGAAUCACUCACGACGAAUCACGAUGUUGCGCAGAAACGUAAGGUUAAGAAAAGAGUAUCUCUACAGGAAAAACUUGGAAGGUGACGAGCGUUUGGUCUAUGAGAAGAAGCGGAAGAUAAGAGAAGCCCUUCAAGAAGGAAGGCCGAUUCCUACUGAGCUCCGUAACGAGGAGGCCAGGCUUCGACAAGAAAUUGAUCUUGAAGACCAAAACACAGCUGUUCCGCGGAGUCAUAUCGACGAUGAAUAUGCAAAUGCUACGGAAGCAGAUCCUAAGAUUUUGUUGACAACGUCUAGGAAUCCAAGUGCUCCCCUCAUCCGAUUCACAAAGGAAUUGAAGUUUGUGUUUCCUAACUCUCAGAGAAUAAAUCGUGGUGGUCAGGUCAUUUCUGAGAUCAUUGAAACUGCCCGUUCGCAUGAUUUUACUGAUGUUAUAUUGGUUCAUGAGCACCGUGGUGUGCCUGAUGGUCUCAUUAUCUCUCAUCUCCCAUUUGGACCAACUGCAUACUUUGGAUUACUUAAUGUGGUAACAAGACAUGAUAUCUCAGACAAGAAAGCCAUUGGAAAAAUGCCUGAGCAAUAUCCUCAUCUCAUUUUUAACAACUUUACUACUCAGAUGGGUCAAAGAGUUGCAAACAUCUUAAAACAUAUCUUCCCUGCUCCAAAACUGGAUGCAAGACGUAUAGUUACUUUUGCUAAUCAAUCUGAUUAUAUUUCAUUCAGGAAUCAUGUCUAUGAUAAAGGAGAGGGAGGUCCGAAAUCGAUUGAGCUUAAAGAAAUUGGUCCUCGAUUUGAGUUGCGGCUCUACCAGGUGAAAUUAGGAACCGUGGAACAAAAUGAAGCAGAGAUCGAGUGGGUUAUUAGACCGUACAUGAACACCGCUAAAAAGCGCCAGUUCAUCGGUGAAUGAUGACUAAACGAAACUGUCAUCUAGAUUUUUUUUUACCUAUCAAUUUGUUGGAAGAUUUUUGUGUCGUUAGAGAAAAUUGCGAUUUUGGUUAUUCGAUGACUGGAAAAUUAGCAUCGAUUUUGUUGUAACGUUUCGCUUCUAAAACAAAACCUUCUUGUCUUAAAAUAGUAUCUUCAACCAUAUACUGUUUGCAUGAGUC